CUAUGUUGUGUUGUCUAUGCCCGAGUCUUGACAAGAGUUUCUUGUGUUUUGAUUUUUAUGAGAAGCUCAGAAAUGAUUUUUUAAUCUUAUUUGCUCUUUACAGCCUGGAAUUGAUAAACUGUGUAUAUUUUAUCAGAUCCAUGAAUGAUUACUUUCUAUUUAUUAUCAAUAGUUUGGCCUGAAUCGAAACGCAGUCCGCAGCAGGAUGGCCGUAAAAAAAUGUUGUAUACACAACUGUAAGUCACGUUCCACAAGAAAGGAGGACAGGGGUGUCACGUACCACAAGUUCCCAAAAAACAUUUCGUUAUGUGGUACAUGGAUUAAAGUAACACAUACCAAUCACACAGACACAGCGGAGACAAAGUUUGUCUGCUCCCGACAUUUCUUAAAAAAUGAUUUUCGAAUUUACAAGGAUACUAAGUACAUGUUGAAAACAGAUGCGGUACCUUCCAUAUUUCCGUGGAGCCUUGACUCAUCAGACGACGAGAUGGAUUCAAUAACAUCGGAAGAAGGGGGUGAAAUUGAAAAUGUGGAUGCUAUUAAGAAAUUUAUUGAGGCACAAGAAAAAGAGAUCCAAGUUCAGAAAUUGGUUGAUUUAAAGUCUAAUAAGGACAGGGAUGUCACUGUCAGUAAUAGGCCAAGCCAGGAAGAAACUGCUUCUGUGUGUAGUAGUGUCAUUGACAUGGUAAUAAACGAGUCGGAAUUGGAAAUUGCAAGGAAAAGCGAUGACAAAAGCAAAGAUAGUUUCAGUCCUUCAGAAAAAGGAUGCGGCAGUAUGUCGCUGUCCGUCGGUUCUAAAGUUGAAGCCAAGGACUUUAGCGAAGACUGGCAUCCUGCCGAGAUUAUCGAGGUAGACUAUGAUGACAUGGAGGUGCUCGUACAUUAUGAACAUGAUAAAAAGAGACCCGACGAAUGGAUAAGCGUUAGCAGUCCGCGUCUGCGACCACUCAGCUACUCCUCGACAGCUAGUAGCAGCACGACAACUGUCCUGCCCGGUCCUAGCUCCGAAGACAGUCUGACAGACUCUAUACCUAUCGCCAACCUGAAGGAAGACGCCAAGGAGCUGAAGUUGUUGAACGAUAAAGAGAAGUUGAACUUCCUAGUUGGUGAGAGAUGCCUCGCUAGGUGGCGCGAUAAUAGGCGGUUUGUAGCGACUGUGCUAAAGGAUUUGGGUGACGGUAAAUACGAAAUAAUAUUUGAUGAUGGGUGCCAUUGGACGUGCAAUACGUCUAGACUUUACAAACUGCGGUCGAAAAAAAGCAUUGCUACUGCCGCUCUAGUGUCCCCAAGCCCAUUCGCAUCAGGGCCUAGUACUGCUAACCCACAGUACCCAGCUUUCCACACACACUUGUUCGACCCUACAAGGGACUACUUAGGCUCAAAAAGCGAACGCCGCGAAAUGAAACGUAAGCUUAACAUAAAAGAAAUAUUUAAUAUAGGACAGAAACGUUCAAGGAAACAGAAAACUCCAAAUGAAAGUACCCAAAAAAGUGUGGAAAGGAAACCUAGGACUAUCAAGAAGAGAAUUAAGUUGAAACUUAAGAGUGAAUCUAAAUUGGAGGCUAAGACUGAUCUGCCUGCCAUAGAUGCGGUGGCGUCUAUCAUUGGUACUCUUCACCAAGAAGAACCGGAGAAGAUUGAACCAAUAGUUGUCGAUGAGGUGAAGCCUGAAAUAACCGAAGAAAAUAAGAAAGAACACGAAGUUAAAGACACUGCUGUCGUCGUUAAAGAAGAUCCAAUCUCUGAACCUGACAAAAAUGAAGAUCUUAUUGAACUGGAGGACCUCAAAGUUGACUGGAAGGAUCCGGUUUUAGAAGAAGAGGUCGUGCUUGAACAAUUCGAAAUACCAGACGACAAUAAGCACGAGGAAGUAAUUGACAGAAUCAAAGAAGUCAUCAACAAACUAGAGGACGGCAUCAACCAAGCCGAGAAGACCAGCUCACCUAAACCCGAACCAAAAGAAGAAGUUACAGCUCCACCGGCACCAGCAGAACAGGAACCCGAACCGGUCAAAACCGAAGUCAAAGAAGUUCAAACAAACACUGAGAACAUAGAAAAACCAGAAAAGGACAAAUCAAAGAAGCUGUCUAAAGUGAAAAAGGGUAAAAAGCUCAAACUACUUCGCGAGAAGAAAGUCAAAAUACAGGUGGAGAAGGUACGAAACGAGUUGGAAAUGAUGAAGAAGCAGGUUAGCGAGAUGCGCAAGCAGAUGCUGACGAACCAGCGGAGAUAUAAUAAGAGGGCGGUGGGGACCGAGUUGCCGGAGAGCUUCAUGCUGCCCGGCGAGUGGUGCUGCCGCUGGGUGAACGGCCAGCCCGUGGGGACCGUCAGCGAGAUCGAGUGCGAGGUCAAGCCGCCCAACGACGCUACUGGGAAACCGCCGCUACCUAGGAGGAGUGUGCAGGUGGAAGACAAAAGACUACCCGAGGGUUGGACCAAACACAUGGUGCGUAGAAGUUUUGGACAUUCCGCGGGCAAGUGGGAUGUGGUGCUGAUCAGCCCUGACAACCGACGGUUCCACACUAAGAACGAAGUGCGAACAUACUUAGACAACAACCCUGGUUUGAACCUUGAAGAGUACAGCUACGCGUUAACUGACUUUGGAGUCCACUUGAAGUUGUCCAGGCGUAUGGGCUGGAUAUCAUACACGCCGGAUGGGACGGCUGAAGGGCCGGCGUCGCCGCUACCGGCUGGUACAUUAAGCAGUACCUCCCCGCUGGUGAAACGCAAGAAACUCAGCCUUAGGAAGGAAGCUAAGUCCAAGAAGAAACCGAAACAAGAGAAGAUUAAUCUACCACGUACGGAUGUCCUGCAAAUGGAAAACGUUGUGCCUUCGCCAGUCGCCGCUAGUAGUGUUGAUGACAGCAGUACCUCUGUUGACACUACCGUCGAUGUUCCACCUUUGGAAGACGGAUAUGUAUUUGUGGGGUCACUAAAAGUACAAAUAAUCGAUAACUUACUUCGAUGUCCCGCUGAGAACUGCUUUAAGAAUUUCCGAAACAACACCCUUUUACAAAUGCAUAUCAAGCACUACCAUCGUGAACUGAAAAAGAUGAUGGGAGCUACUCCCAAAGUGUUGGACCUCGCAUACGCUAGGACCAUGCCGGUCACAGUUGAAACACCGACCCGUGCCAGGGACGAUAAGAUUAUCAGAGUCAAGAUACCAAGACCACCGAAACGAGAGGAACCCAAACCUGAAGUUAAAGAAAUCGUUCACGAACUUAAAGUUGACACUACAGUACAUUCCCCUGUUAGAGAACCUGAAAACAUUCCCCCCAUCCCAAAGAGCCAGGACUCGCCUAAGCUGCGCCAGGCCUUGAUCAACAAACCUGUGAAGAGACCCAAAGUUCUGCUGCCAGUGCGACGCCCCGACCCUGAUCCGAUUAUACCUGACUCCAUAAUCGAAGAAAUGGCCUUUGAGGACAAGAUGUCGAUGGAGUCUCCAUCAGGUUUCGCCUCUUUACAAGGUACAUUGGACUUCGAAAGUGCGAUAUCUACGCACACUGUGACCAAGCCUGUAUUGGACAAAAAGCGCAAGGGUGAAAAGAAGAAGAAGACAUUUGCGUUUGCACCUAAGUUGCCUGUGAGUGAAGAGGACGAGUGGAGCGGUAUCAAUUCUGAUCUGGAAACGAGGUCCAGCUUCCCGCGGUCUGAGACCCCGGACAAGUUUGACACAAAGCCUUUGACUCUACAAGACACUGUGGAAGAGCCAAAGCCGCCGACUAACCAGUACAUGUAUAAUGAAAACGGCGAGCGUAUCAAGCUGGUGCGCAUGAAACGCGAGGAGAUCAUCAACUGUCACUGCGGCUUCCGCGAGGAGGACGGACUCAUGGUGCAGUGCGAGCUGUGUCUGUGCUGGCAACACGCGCUCUGCCACAACAUACAGCGCGAGAGCGAGGUGCCAGAGAAGUACACGUGCAGCAUCUGCCUGAACCCCCGGCGCGGGCGUCGCUCGCUGCGCUUCGUGCACUCGCAGGAGCGCAUGUUCGAGGGCUCGCUGGCGGGCGCGCGGCCCUGCGAGACGCUGCGCCGCUCGCACGAGCUGGCCGGCAACCUGCUGCGCCUGCAGGACGCCUUGCAUGCGCUCCGGGUCAAGUACUACGUCGCCACCAAAAAAGAUCAUCCAAAACUGUACCUGUGGGCUGAAGACUGGGAGAAAGCUGAGAUUCAAUACACUCAGGAGAAGUUAAACUCAGACUACUCUGAUCUGAACAUUGUGAUCAACAGUGUGGAUAAAGAGAACCUGCCCGUCAAACAGGCUGAUGUUAAGGACACAUUGCAGUCGGAAGAUCACGACCAAGACAGGUACAUGCAAAGGGAUAGUGCAAUGGGCUCUCAGGCAUUGCUGAGCAGCCUCAUGUCAAGCCCAGGUGCAGAAUCCUUGGAUCUUCCUAUAAGCACUUCGGAGUUGGAGAGGCUCGCCAAAUCUGUACAAGAGCAAGAAGUCCAGAGGGCGCCUAUAACGGCCCCGGAACCCGAAGCAGCAAUAGAGAACAGCGUGUGUCGAGAGCGGUUGCUGAAACACGUGCAGCGAUGUCAAGCGCUCAUUGAUGCCAGGCUUGAGUCCAUUGAGGCACAGGUCGCAGAACUAGAAUCUCAAAGCCCAUCUCUCGAGGAUGACGAGACAGCAGAGUUCUUCCCGCGCACGAAACAGACCAUACAGAUGUUGAUGCGAGAUCUCGAGACCAUGGAAGAACUCGGAGUUAUUACUUAAACUUAUAGGACACACCCUGUAUGUAACAUAAAACCAUAGAAGCACUGAAGUUUUUGCCGUUGAUGGCCGUGAUUCAGUAUUUUAAAUGCAGUUACCCUAUAUGUAUUUUAGGAUGAUAUUGCACUGCAAUUUUGCCUCACCUAACGUCAUUAGCUUAGAAUGAUUGCCUAGUACCAGUUUUUGUAAUUCUACCUGUGUAUGUAUAAUGUUGUAUAUGAUAUGAGUUAUAUGUAGUAAGAACAUGGAAUAUGAUAUGUAAUAUCGUAAAUAAUAAAAUUAAGUACCAAAGUUAAA